AUGGGAGGACGUCGUCAGUGGACCUUACAGAGGAGGAUUGUGGUCACCCCCAAAACUAAUGUUGGCAUCCAAGACGUCGCGUCUGCUUGUUUUUGCUUGUCUCGCCGCUGCGCUUCCCCUACGGACCUCCGCGGGGUAGAAGCGCCGGCAGCACAGCAUCACCAGCGCAGUCUUGGCAUCUUCUUCACCAAAUUUCUCUUCUUAUUCCCCCUCCAAUUUUUUACCAUAUACUAG